AUGAAAGAAGUUAUAUCAAAGAAUGAAAAAGAUUUCGUAUUAUCAAGUAUUGAAAAGCUUCAAAGAAUAGAUGGUAGAGGAGUUAAUGAUAUGAGAGCAAUUAAAAUUGAGUUUGGUAAAUCAUAUGGUGUAGUUGAAGUUCAAUUAGGAAAAACAAGAGUUUUUACAGCAAUUACAUGUGAUAUAGUUGAACCAAAACCAGAAAGACCAAAUGAAGGAUUUUAUAUUUUUAAUACAGAUAUAUCACCAAUGUCAAGUGUAUCAGUUAAUGUUAAUCAACCCAAUCCAAUGGAGAGUGAAUUAGGACGUAUUAUUGAAAAAGGAUUAAAAGAUAGUAGAGCAAUUGAUACAGAAGCAUUAUGUAUUAUAUCAGGAUCCAAAGUGUGGUCAAUAAAGAUAGCAAUUCAUGUAUUGGAUGAUUGUGGUAAUUUAUUAGAUUGUGCAUCCAUAUCGGUGAUGACAGCAUUGAUUCAUUUUAGAAAACCAGAUGUCACUGUGAUUGGUAAUGAUGCAACCAUUCAUUCAUUGGAUGAGAGAGAACCAGUGCCAUUAUCAAUUCAUCAUACACCAAUCUCAAUUACAUUUGGGUUCUUUCCAAAUGAAAUUAUGAUUGUUGAUCCUGAUACUAAAGAAGAAUCAGUUAUGGAUGGUAAAUUAUCAUUCUUUGUCAAUAUUCAUAAAGAGAUUUGUGGUGUUUCAAAAGGUGGUGGUACUUCAACUACAAUCGAUCAAGUUUUAAAAUGUUCAAAAAUAGCUGUAAUCAAAGCCGCUGAAAUCACUCUUCAAAUUAGAGAAUCAAUUCAUGAAAAUUUAAAAUUAAGAUCAUCUUCACAAAAUAAAAGAAAUGGUAGUGGUUUAAAUACUGCUUCAAAAGUUAAAUCUUUAGAAAUGAUUGAACAUACUAGACCAAUUGAAAAUCAAAUUAUAAAUGAAAUUAAAAAAGAUUCUUUUAAUAUUAUUCAAAAUAUUAAACCAAAAAAUCAAAAUAAUGAAAAAAAUUUAAAUAAUAAUAAUAAUAAUAAUAAUAAUAAUAAUAAUAAUAAUAAUAAUAAUAAUAAUAAUAAUAAUAAUAAUAAUUAUAAUAAUAAUAAUAAUAAUAAUAGUAAAAACUCUAACAACAUAAAAGAAACUGAAAGUGAAAAUAAAUUUAGCGAAGAUGAAAUUUGUGAGGUUGAUUUUGAAGAUAGUGAAGAUGAAAAUGAAAAUGAUAAUAAAAAUAUAAAAAAUAAUAAUAAUAAAAAUUAUUUUGAUGGUGAUAAUUCAAAAUCAUCUUGGGAUAAUGAUAAUACAAUGAAAGUUGAUAAAAUUAAAAAAGAAGAAGAAAUAAAAAUAGAAAAAGAAAAAGAAAUAGAAAUACAAAAAUCUAAAAAACCAUCAACAACAGUUAAAGCAGUUUUAAAAGCGCCAGUUAAAAAAGAUAAUGAUAGUGAUAGUGAAGAAGAAGUAACUAUUUUAAACCCAACCAAUACAAUUUCAAUGGAUACAUCUGAUGAUUUAUCUUCAGCUUUAAAAAAAAAACCAAUUUCAUCAAAAUCUCAAGGUACUAAAAAACCUAUAAGCAAAGAAAAAAAUAAAAAAUAA